GCGGGCGGAGCUGCUGCAGCCAUGGCCGAGCGCGACCCCUGCUACCCGGCCUCCUCCAUCGAGGACGACUUCAACUACGGCAGCAACGUGGCCUCCGCCAGCAUGCACAUCCGCAUGGCCUUCCUGAGGAAAGUGUAUGGCAUCCUUUCUCUGCAAGUCCUCCUGACUACGAUGACUUUCGCAGUGUUUUUGUACUUCGAGUCUGUACGGACAUUUGUGCAUAACAGUCCUGCAGUAAUUCUGGUGUCUGCCUUUGGGUCCUUGGGCUUGAUUUUUGCCUUGACUCUACACAGACAUAAGUAUCCCCUCAACCUGUACCUGCUUUUUGGAUUUACACUGAUGGAAGCCCUGACUGUGGCCUUUGUGGUUACUUUCUAUGACAUACGGAUUAUUCUGCAAGCUUUUAUACUGACGACUACAGUAUUCCUUGCUUUGACUGCCUACACUCUCCAAUCCAAGAGAGAUUUCAGCAAAUUUGGAGCAGGGCUGUUUGCUGCCUUUUGGAUUUUGUGGUUGUCAGGAUUCUUGAGGUUGUUCUUCUACAGCGAGACGGUGGAGGUGGUCUUUGCUGCCGUAGGAGCCCUUCUUUUCUGUGGCUUCAUCAUCUAUGACACACACUCGCUGAUGCACAGACUGUCACCUGAAGAGUAUGUGCUAGCUGCCAUCAACCUCUACCUGGAUAUCAUCAACCUCUUCCUGCACCUGUUGCGGCUUCUGGAAGCAGUUAAUAAAAAGUAACUGAAAGCUCAGCGGAAGCG